CGGCGCUGAACGCCGGUGCCGUCUCCUCUCCUCCCCCCACAAUCCCUCUCUUCCUCCCUCCCACGCACCCACGCCUCCUGCCCUUGACUCUUACGGAUCGUAGGAGGAGGGAGAGGAGAAGCAGUGAUCUGUUCCUGUUUUGAGAUUGCAGCGACCGAUCUCUCUUCUUUCGACUGUUUUUCGAGCGUCUCUCUCUGUUUCUCCAUGUCCGUGCGGCAGCUCAGAUGGGAGACGUAAGUGCAGCGGCUGUCUGGCACGUGAACGCGCGCGGCAGGUCUCUCUGGCGGGCCAUCCCAGGCACGGGAUGCUGAACGGGAGCCGUGAGGGUUUGUUUGAACUGGGCAGGCAGCUCCAGCAGGAAGGAGACUCCCAAGCUGCUCUGCACUGCUUUCUGAGCUGCCUGCUGGGACUCACACAUGUGCAGAGCUUCCACUCGCUUCCCAACUGCCUGCAUCAGAUUGCUGAACUCUACAUUGACGAGAAGAAUUCUUCUUCAGAGUGUGGUCUUUUUCCUAAGACGAUUUGUGGACACUUAUCGUAUGUCAGCUGAAAGAGCAUCACAGCUAAUUAACCUGCAUAGACCCAGCAUGAGCUCUACUGUCAUUAUUCAUCUACGGACUGCAGUUAACAGCAAGAUGGGAAAGCUCUGCAGUUCAUUCAGGCGGAGAAGAUGUUUUACGAAGUGGCACUGAUCGAGCUCACCUCGCUGCAGGCCAGCACAGGGUCUCAAGAAGACGGAACAUUAGGAACCUCAGGAUGUCUGUCUCAAGAGGAGUUAUCAGAACAGGCUUCUCAGGCCCAGGAUCUUGAGAGACUGGCUCAGCUCUGCAUCAUGAGCAAGAGACCCCAUCUUGCUUUAGAAUACAGUGGCAAGGCCACUAAAAUCCACCAGCGGGCUUUCGGUAACGAUCACCCCAUCACAGCCCGGAGUCUGGAGCUGCUAGCCACUGUCUAUGCUGAGAUUGGCAAAACGGAAUAUACAAAUUCAUUGGGAGAGUGUGUGUCGACUCUUUCCAAGAGGUUCUCGGCCACCGAGUCAUUUAGCGAUGCUCUGAGUGGCAUCUCUCAUAGCCAUAAGGACAGACACUCUGAGUUACGACACAGAAAAGAGCCAUACAAACAACAGGAAACUCUUAAAACUAAGGUCAUAAAUGAAAAACUGCCCACCUCCAUCCUGAAAAGGUCCAAUGUUGAGUCAGACUCAUCUCGCAGGCGAAAAAAUGAGAGGCGGGUUCGCUUCAGAGAGCCGGAGAUCACUGUUCAUGACAUUCCGUACUAUGACUGUUUAGGAGUGUACGACACCCCCCAGAGCCAUUUGCACCUGGCCUUGCUCACCUGCCUGUUCCUGCUGCUGUCUGCGCUGGGUCUAGCAUUGUACUGCACGGACCGCCGAAGACCCCAGCGUGCCUGUGAGGAGCUGCAGACGGCACUAGCUGUGUACCUGCUUCAAUUCAAACAGAUUGUUUGGGCCUGCUGGAUCUGGCUGACCAUGCAAUGACCAUAACUGACCACAGAGGGCAGCAACAAGCAGAAAAAAAACCCCAUCAAAGGUCAGGAUGAUUUUAAAGGACUGUGAAGGAAAUACAAAAUAAGGGUCUUUGUUUUUUUAUUGCUUUAUUUUCACUGUUAUAAUCAGACUGGUCACCAGUCAAAGUCUUUGAGGAUGUUCAACAUCCGCCUCUUUUAUUUUGUAGUCGAUUAAAGGCCAUGUGCUUUUCCACACCAUUAAGUGAUGGUGUGCUUUUUGCCCUUUAUGGUGGCAUAUCUAUUGCCACAACCUCAUUAUACUGAGUCGUAUAUAAUCUGAAAUCUGUAUAUGUAGCUAUUUGUCCUUGUAUAGCGGUUCUGGGCGAUAUGUUUUAAAGCAUCUGUUGGUCCUUUUCCAAGUAAUACUUGUGCAGCAAUAGUAAUUAAACCUUUAUCAAUCAGAAUAUACAGGACUGUCAAAACAGAACAUGUAUGAAUGAAUUCCGUCUAUCACAGCUAGAGCCCGACUGAUAUAUUGGUAGGUCAGUAUUAUCAUGCGAGAUAUACUGAAUACCUGUAUUGAACUUUAAUAAGCAAUAUUGAAAAGAGCAACAUGUAACAGUGAGUACAUGCAUAAUGCCAUGUUCAUUGUCACAUAGUUACAUUUUAAACCUUAAAAGCAUGAAUGUUUCGCCAAUCUUUAUUACAUAUUCGGGUCUUUAGCGACCCAAAACUAUAUCUUACAUGGAUGGAUGCCUAUCCUGCGCAACAGCAUAAAACUUUCCCGAUAUGUUAAUAACAAUUACAGAAUAAAUAAAAUAAAGCAUAUUUUUUGGAACUUGGAAGGGUUCAAUUUGAGUAGAUGCUUUUUAUUAUCAUCACUGUCAUCGUCAGAGCUCAUUUCCCCAGUAUAUUCAGCAUCUGUUUCAUAUUCACGACCAUAUUCUCAAAACUAUCGGUUUCAACAUCUUCAGAGUCAGUAUUUUGAUUACUGACAGCUUCUUCCACUAUCAAGUGAGACUAAUAUUUGAUUGCGUACAGUACUUGCGCCACAGAAAAUCACUGAGCCAUUUUAAGCUUUGCUGAUGAUACUUGUAUAUUCUUUUUUCACAUCAUCAUUACAUAUCAAACAUUGCUACCUUGAGGAAUAAAGAUGAAUUGCACUUACUGAGUAAUCAGAGAUUCAAUUAUUGUUGCGCAGAAAAAAAAAAAAAAAACUUACACUAUUACGUACCUCAGGUCACUAGCGACCCUAUACACUUUUUACAAAAAAAAUUCAUUCGAAAACCGACAUUAUUUUAUGUUUUUUUUUUCUUAUGUUGUUUAUAAUUAAUAUAUUGAGAAACACUAAGAAGGUUGAUGUCUAACUUUAAAAAAUGAAUGAGGGGUAGGUUAGUGAAUGACGUCCCGGGUCACUAAAGACCCAUAGUAUGCGUUUAAGGUUAAUGCCGAUAACACUUAUAAACACAAGCCUAUCGCAUGUACUUAUAAAAUGUUUAUAUGCAUGGCUGGAUUAAUUCCUGCUAGUGUUUUUUGCUUCUUACCUCACUAUUUUGUCAUAAAAUAUAAAUAUCAAUAAGGGCUUUCUGAUUCAAAGAGUGAAUUUAGGAACUUGUUGCACUUGAUUUCUUGUAUUACACAAAGACAGGAUUGAAUUGUGCUCUAUUUAUGCUCUAACCUAUUCAAGAAUGGAUUUAUUUUCAUGCCAGCUUCAAAAACAUCUUAAUAUUUUGAUCAUUUUAUUUUAAUUAAAUAUUAGAUCAAUGACAUUAUUGAUACACACCUUUUGUUUUUUAGUUCAGUUUAUAAAAUGUCAUGUAGCACAACUCCCCAAAACUUUAAUGAAUAAAUACUUCAUUUGAAUUUAAAAAAAAGAAAAGAAAAAAGAACAAUGUAUUGAAAUUAUUAUUAUUAUUAUUUUUGGAAGUGAGGAUUAAAAAGUUGUACACUCAUAUAAGGAAAAUGUGUAAUUAUUUUUUACUUGAUGGUUACACCACAUGAUCAUUUUAAUGUUGGUCAAUAUAAACAUUUCUUGAAAAUGUUACAAAAGUUUCCUAACCAUAUGAAUCCAACAUGAAUACAAAGAGUACAUUUCUAGAUUUUUUAUUUUAUUUAUUUUUUUUUUAAACAUGUUUGCUUUUCUUUAACAUGAACACUCUUAUGCCAUUAGACCCAAAAUCAGUCGGGCUCUACAGAAUGUGCACACUGUAUUCUCUAUGAAUCAAUGUAUCACAGCUUUUUAAUGUCAGAAAAUAUUUCAUUUAUUUAAUUCUUUUAUUUUUAAUGCACUUGCUGUACAUAAUGUGGUUGAAUGUGUCUGUAGAAUGCAAGACAAUGCUAUUUAUUUUACUAAUAAUCAAAUAGGUUUAGAGUACAAAUAUGCGUUUAAUGCAUUUAUUGACAUGUAUAAACAGAAUGACACUAAUCAUUGUUAAAGAAUAUAUUUCAAUGUACAUGUGAAAAGAGAAGAACUGGCACAAUGACGACACCUUUAGCAUUUAUCUACUUUACGAGUUGAAACAAAGGGCAAAGCUGUUAAGCACAAACGUUUCCAUCUGCCACAGAUUCUCUCCGAAAAAAGAGAUACAAGACUGUUCAAGGAUGAGUUGGCCAUAUUUUGUCUCAUGCACUGCCAGAUUUAACUGGCAAAUGAAAGAAUGCCAUUUUAGAUAGUUGAACGCUUUAUGAUGCAACAUUUGAGUUUAUGUUUUACAUGAACCUGUACCAGCGUCUUGGCCUAAGCCUAAUAAUGGGCCAUUGAUUUGUUUUACUCUGUUUUGUAUAAGAAUUAUCUUUUUCUAUCCUUUUUUUUUUUUACUAUUCCACUUAAGUUCUACACUUUUAGUCUUUUAAUAUUUCUUUAUAGCCACAGCUGUUCGGUCUCUAUUUUCUAGUUUUUGGAUGAGCUUUUAUUUUUUUUAUCAAAUUACAUCAGUCUUCGGGUUUUAGUGUCAAAAAUAAGCUUUCAUACUUAAUAUUUUCACCAUUAGCACACAAGUUGGCAUGUAUUGCUAGAGUAAAUGAGGAGAUAUUAGGCAGAAUGACAGUCACUUACAUUGUGUGACACACAAACACACUAUAGUUUGGGGUCAGUAAGAGUUUUUUAAUACUUUUUUGCACAAUGGAUGCAUCAAAUUGAUCAAAAGUGACACUAAAGAUGGUUUCCACAGAAAUAUUAAGCAGCACAACUGUUUGAUAAUAAUAAGAAAUGAUACAUAAGCACCAAAUCAGCAUAUUAGAAUGAUUUCUGAAGGAUCAUGUGACACUGAAGUCUGGAAUAAUGAUGCUAAAAAUUCAUCACAGAAAUGAAUUACAUUUUAAAAUCUAUUAAAAUAGAAAACAGUUAUAUUAAAUUGUAAUAUUAUUUGUAAUAAUUAUUCAUAAUAUUAUAGUUUUUACUGUAUUUUUGAUCAAAUAAAUGCAUCUUUGAUGCAUAUAAGAGCUUUCUUUCGAAAACAUUAAAAAAGCUUACCAAUCCCAAAAAUUAAUAUUUUUUUUUAAUCAUAUUGAUUGAAAAUACAAUUGGAUUAAAGUCAUCAUUGCAAGUGAUAAAGAGAAACCAGUUAAAGGUGCAACAAAUCUGUGACCUGCAUCAAAUCACUGUGAGUUACUUGGAUAGAAGCGCCUGAAAAUGUCAGAAAUAAAACAAAUGUUUUAUCAUAUAUGGGGGUCAUUUACUUUAUGUAUUUGCUAUUUAUAUGUGCACUAUAUGUCUAAUUAAUAAAUUUAUGCAACAGUUAAUUAGCACACUUGCUUAAAGUGAUAGUUCACUCGAAAAUGAAAAUUUUGUCAUCAUUUACUGUCAUCCAAACCUGUAUGAGUUUCUUUCGUCUGCUGAACACAAAAUAAAAUAUUUUAAAGAAUGUUGGUAACCAAACAGUUGACAGUAGCCAUUCACUUCCAUAGAUUUUUUUUUUUUUCCUACUAUAGAAGUCAAUGGCUACCGUCAACUUAUUGAAUACCAGCAUUCUUUAAAAUAUCUUCUUUUGUGUUCAACAGAAGAAAGAAACUCAUACAGGUUUGGAAAAACUUGAGGGAAAGUGAAUGAUAGAAUUUUCAUUUUUGGGUGAACUAUCCCUUUAAUGUACCUGUUUGAGGGGAAUUCACAUGACAAAAGGGAAAUCAACAAAAUAUUUUGUACUGUUGGGCCAGUCAAUCGCUGAAGCAAUAAAAUCGCUCCAGGUCCAGUACAUGCUCUUUCUGUACUGCAUAUUUCAAUAGAGGUGCUUUUUGACCUUAUAUUCACUGCUUUUCUUUUGUUUAAAAAAUUUUAAUAUAUUCAAAACCAAAAAGAGCUUUACAUGGUUACUAGUUUAAAGACUGAAUUUUAUUUUCAUGAUCAGAAAAAUCACCAUUUGCUCUGUAUUUCCAUCAUCAUUGCUGUUUAUACUGCUAUUACUGCUUUUAAUAAAUAAAAGCCCUAAAACAAAUAUAGGCUUAUAAUGAUGAAGAGAUGUGUUCACACUAUGACACAAUAAAUAAAAUGAUGCACAAAACAA